AUGUCAGCGACAACACGAAGGGAAGACCCCUUCAAGCCCGCAAAGAGAGUUGCAGGCCAGAAGCAGGAUGUCUGGUCCAUCGUCAAUGAAGCCGCCGCGGCCUCACCCGUGCAGCCCAUCGUCAACAUGGGCCAGGGCUUCUUUGGCUACAACCCUCCCAAGUUCGUCCUCGAUGCCGCCAAGGCUGCGCUCGACCAAGUAGACUGCAACCAGUACUCGCCCACCAAAGGCCGCCCGCGGUUAAAGAAGGCCAUUGCCGAUGCCUACUCUCCCUUCUUCGGUCGCACGAUAGAUCCCGACAAGGAAGUCACAAUCACCACAGGCGCAAAUGAGGGCAUGCUCAGCGCCUUCAUGGGCUUCUUGGAGGAGGGAGACGAGGUCAUCGUCUUCGAGCCCUUCUUCGACCAGUACAUCAGCAACAUCGAGAUGCCAGGCGGGAAGGUCGUCUACGUGCCUCUCCACCCUCCCAAAGACGGUGCGACCAAGACUACUUCUGCAGCCGAAUGGAGUCUGGACAUGAAGGAGCUGGAGGCUGCCAUUACACCCAAGACCCGCAUGAUCGUUAUCAACUCUCCGCACAACCCAAUUGGCAAGGUCUUUUCCAAGGAUGAGCUGCAAGCCAUUGGCGACCUCUGCGUCAAGCACAACAUCAUCAUCCUCUCAGACGAAGUCUACGACCGUCUAUACUACGUCCCUUUUACUCGCGUCGCCACUCUGUCACCAGAGAUCGCCAAGCUCACAUUGACAGUCGGUUCAGGAGGAAAGAACUUCUACGCCACCGGUUGGAGAGUAGGCUGGCUGAUUGGACCCGAGCAUCUGAUCAAGUACGUCAGUGCAGCCCACACACGAAUCUGCUACAGCAGUGUCUCGCCGCUUCAAGAAGCCACCGCAAUUGGGUUCGAGCAAGCUGAUGCCCACAACUUCUGGGACGAGUCGAAGAAAGAGAUGAAGGCCAAGAUCGACAAGUUCACCGCUGUCUUCAAUGAGCUUGGGCUACCCUACUCGGAUCCCGAAGGCGGAUACUUUGUUUUGGUAAACAUGUCCAAGGUCAAGCUACCAAGUGACUACGAGUUCCCACCUCACGUUGCCGAGAGACCAAGAGACUUCCAGCUCAGUUGGUUCCUGAUCAAGGAAGUCGGAGUAGCCGCUAUCCCUCCAACUGAGUUCUUCACGCCAGGAAACGCGCACAUCGUAGAAGAUUGGCUACGGUUCGCGGUGUGCAAGAACGAUGAUGUACUGGAGCAGGCAAUGGAGAGGCUGAGGAGUCUUAAGAAGUAUAUCCAGGAAUGA